AUAAGACGAGCUGCUUCACUGGCCCUGCGUUUUAUUAUUUUUGCGCGGGUGUUCGACCCUACCCUACCCUACCCUACCCUCCCUUUCUCCAUAUUUACAAUCUUACGUCUCCGCAUUAUAAAGAGACGGGGAGAGAGAGAGACCGCCCCCCCCUUCCUUUUCCUCUCCGUGUCUAUAACAAAAAGACCGUACUCUCUCUCUCACACUCUCACAUGUGUGGCAGAUCAAAGUAAACGGGGGCGGAGUUCCACGCUUGCUCCCUGCGUACAAAACGGUGUUUUGAACCUGCUGCUUUGCUUUGCCUGUUUGUU